GCCGGUGGAGGAACAGCGGACCGACCGUCAUGGACAGGACGGCCGUGGUGAAGGUCGGAGCCGCGGCCAGCGCCAGCGUCUGCGCGCUGUUCGGCGGCGUGGUGCUGGCUCAGUACAUCGUCGCCAAGAAGAAGCGAGCGGGCAAGAAAACCAGGAUCAUAGAAAUGAUGCCUCAAUUUGAGAAGUCGACGGUCCAUAUGAGGGACCCCGAGCGGGUGGAGCAGAUCAUCUGUGGUCUCAUCAAGGGAGGAGCCUCCAAACUUCAGAUCAUCACCGACUUCGACAUGACGUUAAGCAAGUUCGCCAUCAACGGCAAACGCUGCCCGACGUGUCACAAUAUCAUUGAUGACUGCAAGCUGGUGACGGAGGAAUGCCGGCAGAAGCUGCUGCAGCUGAAGAAUAAAUAUUAUCCCAUCGAGAUCGACCCUAAUCUCACCAUGGAGGAGAAAUACCCAUUCAUGGUGGAGUGGUAUUUCAAGUCUCACACGCUACUCGUGGAACAGCGGCUAGAGAAAGACAAGCUGCCCGAGGUGGUGAGAGAGUCUGACGCUGCACUCAGGGAAGGCUUUGAGCAGUUCUUUGACCGCCUGCACCAGCACAGCGUCCCCGUCUUCAUCUUCUCAGCCGGUCUGGGCGACGUCCUGGAGGAGAUCAUCCGCCAGGCCGGAGUCUACCACCCCAACGUCAAAGUCGUCUCCAACUUCAUGGACUUCGACGACAACGGAGUCCUGAAGGGCUUCAAAGGCGAGCUGAUCCACGUCUACAACAAGCACGACGGCGCCCUGAGGAACACGGAGUACUUCAAGCAGCUGAGGGAGUAUUGCAACAUCGUCCUGAUGGGCGACUCGCUCGGGGACCUCAGCAUGGCCGACGGCGUUCCCAACGUGGAGAACAUCCUGAAGAUCGGCUUCCUCAACGACAAGGUGGAGGAGCGACUGGACAAAUACCUGGACUCUUAUGACAUCGUCCUGGUGAAGGACGAGACUCUGGAAGUGCCCAAUGCCAUUCUCCAGAAGGUUCUAUAACUCCACCUCCACGAGUUUACCCCUCCUCCCACCACCACCCACCAAAAUCCACCACUCUCCUCCUCCUGUUAGCCCCUCCCUCCCUUCCCUCCUCCAGCCUUUCAGACUGGUCGUUUGGACUGGACACCAUCAUCUCUCCGCUCCAUUCACUAUGGAUCUCAGUGGGGUCACCUCCAGACUCUGCACCCCCCCUCUCUGUUACCCC